UUACCCAACAUCAGUCAAUAAAAAAGAUGUCAACGAUGCUGCCUUCUUUCGGGUGUGCAGUGGUGGUUCACCCGGUUCGAGCGGAGCAUAGAGUACGUUCAUGGUUAGAGAUUAGAGCUCGGAGCUUAGGGGACGAGGGGAGAUCGAGUAAUCUUGUUGAUUCGAAUAUGGAGAUUUUGAAGGACCGGAUUGAAGUGAUAAGGAAAAAAGAUAUAUUGGAGAGGAAAUGUAGGCCGUGCGGAUGGGACUACGACUCAAGUUACGUAAGGAAACACAAAAAACAACACGAGUAUACAAAAACAAUAGCCUUAAUUUGUGGCACGUCGAGUUUAUCGGUUCUAAUCGGCACGACUCUCCUUUACAUUGUCUCGGUGAUUGCCCAUCUAAAUCUAUAGCAAGCAAGCUAGUGCAAGAAACGAAAGAAAACAUUGACAAGCCUCUACCUUUUGCAAGGUUAAGGUUCUAACCAUAUCCCAUGAUUUUGUUGUUUUGAAGAAAGAGUUUGUAAUAGGAAAUUCAUGUGUCCAAUUAAAUUCUAUAUUCAAAUUAAACUUAUCAUUUGUUUAACAUUCUAAAUUGUAUCGUUAACGCGUUUAGGUAUAAUUCAUUUUUUAAUGUAUUCUUAUGAGUUGAGAAAAUGCAUAAA